AUGACCCUGAGAAAGCAUCAAUAUCCCAUCACAAUUCACAACUCUACAUUGAAUGGUCAACUCACCACCUCUCUCAAACCGUGGCAAAUUGUUUCAUAUCUCCUCUAUUUAGAACAUCAAGGACAAUACACUAGACGCUACGGAGGAUUCUCGAAACUCGAAUCUCUCAAUUUUCUCCUAACCCAUUUAUCCCAUCGAAAAGAUGAAUUCCUUCUAUUCAAUAACGCCAUGAGAAAUCCUGGUUCCGUCUAUCGAUUCAAAUUACCAAACAUUUGUGGAAUCUGUCAGGAAGUCGAUCAUCUACCUUCGGAAUGCGAAACUUCGGAAGUGAUACUCUCUCGACGAAUGUUGGAACCCGAGGACAUCGA